CCCAGCCCACCUGCUUACUGCAAUGGCUGUCACUUGCUGAACAGUGAGUGGGUUAAGUGCCAGGCGGGGAGGCUUCCAAAAGUGUGCGGGAAGUGGAAUGAAAGUGCACGAAGCAUUGACAUCCAUGCGCAGCUCUGUGUGAUAUGCAUGGUCCUUGGACCUUUUGGAGAUCACCCAUACCUACGUUACCGCGCCCGGGCGACUCGGUCAGGCUCUAAAGCUCAGGCUCUUUUUGCCUAUGUCUCCUGUGAGCACCUGUCUCUGAGGGGUCGGAGCUGUCUGUCCUUGACCAAAUGGCAGAGUGCUGGGCUCUGACCGAGUCACGAGGUGCUCCCUUUCCCUCCAGAUGCGGUUCUCCUGACCAUCCGGGCCCUCCGCUGAUCUAAGAAAGGAUCACCCUCAUUCCAGCCUCCUUGCCUGCCCUUAGCUCCAACCUCUCCACCUGUGCCAGGUGUCCCAUGGCCAAUGGCAGGACCGUCUCUAUGUAAAUGUCUGUGCAAAUGCCCUGGUGUGAAGCCACCAGCUCUCUGGGGUGGCAGGGCCACCUCCUGAGCCUGUCACUUCCCAGCCAUGGGACUUGGGGCAUGGACGAUCUGCUCUCUGUUCCUGCUCCUGCCGGUCCUGGCCGAGCCUACUGAGGACUCAGACUUCCACCUGGCUGGGGAUUACCUCCUGGGGGGGCUCUUCACCCUGCACGCCAAUGUGAAGGGCAUUGUUCACCUCAACUACCUGCAGGUGCCCAAGUGCAAGGAGUAUGAAAUGAAGGUGCUGGGCUACAACCUCAUGCAGGCCAUGCGCUUUGCGGUGGAGGAGAUCAACAACCGCAGCAGCCUGCUGCCUGGCCUGCUGCUGGGCUACGAGAUGGUGGACGUCUGCUACAUCUCCAACAACGUGCAUCCUGUGCUCUACUUCCUGGCGGGGGAGAACCUCACCCUGCCUAUCCAGGAGGACUACAGCCACUAUAGGCCCCGCGUGGUGGCCGUCAUAGGCCCUGACAACUCCGAGUCUACCAUGACUGUGGCCAGCUUCCUCUCCCUCUUCCGCCUUCCACAGAUCUCCUACAGCGCCAUCAGUGAUGAACUGCGCGACAAGGUGCGCUUCCCGGCUGUGCUGCGCACGGUGCCCAGCGCCGACCACCACAUCGAGGUCAUCGUGCAGCUCAUGGUGCACUUCGACUGGAACUGGGUCAUCGUGCUGGUGAGCGACGACGACUACGGCCGAGACAACGGCCAGCUGCUCAACAACCUCCGGGCCCGCUGCAACAUCUGCGUCGCCUUCCAGGAGUCGCUGCCCACGCCACAGCCCAGCCAGGUGGUGACGGAGCACGAGCGUCAGCGCCUCAGGUCCAUCGUGGACAAGCUGCAGCAGAGCUCGGCACACGUCGUGGUCGUGUUCUCGCCAGACCUGUCCCUGCACAACUUCUUCCACGAGGUGGUGCACCGGAACAUCACCGACACCGUGUGGAUCGCCUCCGAGUCCUGGGCCAUCGACCCGGUGCUGCACAACUUCACUGAACUGCGCCACACCGGCACCUUCCUGGGCAUCACCAUCCAGAGCGUGCCCAUUCCCGGCUUCAGCGAGUUCCGUGUGCGCCGCAUUCAGGCUGUGCCUCCGCCGCUCGACAAGGCCAGGCAGGGGAGCACCUGCAACCAGGAGUGUGACGCCUGCCUGAACAACACGUCGUCCUUCAACACCAUCCUCACGCUCUCGGGCGAGCGCGUGGUCUACAGCGUGUACUCGGCGGUCUAUGCCGUGGCCUACGCCCUGCACAGCCUCCUCGGCUGCAACCAGACCAGCUGUGCCAACAAGACAGUCUACCCCUGGCAGCUACUUACCAAGCUGCAGAAGGUCAACUUCACCCUCCUGGGCCACCACAUCUUUUUCGACCAGCGAGGGGACGUGCCCAUGCACUUGGAGGUCAUCCAGUGGCAGUGGGACCUGAGCCAGAAUCCCUUCCGGAUUGUUGCCUCCUACUGGCCCAGCCAGCGGCUGCUUACGGACAUCCACCGCAUCUCCUGGCACACCCCCAACAACACGGUCCCCGUUUCCAGGUGUUCCAAGAGCUGCCGGCCUGGGCAGAGGAAGAAGUCCAUGGGCCUUCACCCCUGCUGCUUCGAUUGCAUCGACUGCGAGCCUGGCACCUUCCUCAACCAGACGGCAGAUGAAUUUGAAUGCCAGACUUGCCCAACUUUGGAGUGGUCCCACCGGAGCGAGACGUCCUGCUUCAAGCGGCGGCAGACCUUCCUCGAGUGGCACGAGGCUCCCACCAUCAUCGUGGUCCUGCUGGCUUCCCUGGGCUUCCUCAGCACGCUGGCCACCCUGGCGAUAUUCUGGAGACACUUCCAGACACCCAUCGUCCGCUCUGCCGGGGGCCCUAUGUGCUUCCUCAUGCUGGCGUCCCUGCUGGUGGCAUACUCGAUGGUGCCCGUGUACGUGGGGCCGCCCACGGUGUCCACGUGUCUCUGCCGCCAGGCCCUCUUCACGCUCUGUUUCACCAUCUGCAUCUCCUGCAUCACGGUGCGCUCCUUCCAGAUCGUCUGCAUCUUCAAGAUGGCCAGCCGCCUCCCGCGGGCCUACGGCUACUGGCUGCGCUACCACGGGCCCUACGUCUUUGUGGCCUUCUUCGUGGCCCUCAAAGUGGUCAUCCUCGUGGCGACCAACGUGCUGGCCACCACCGCUAGCCCCAUCGCCCGCGUCGACCCUGACGACCCCAAGAACUUGAUUCUCUCCUGCAACCCCAACUACGUCAAGGCGCUGCUCUUGAACACCAGCCUGGACCUGUGCCUCUCCGUGGCCGGCUUCAGCUUCGCCUACGUGGGCAAGGAGCUGCCCACCAACUACAACGAGGCCAAGUUCAUCACCCUCAGCAUGACCGUCUACUUCACCUCGUCCGUCUCCCUCUGCACCUUCAUGUCCUUCUACGACGGGGUGCUGGUCACCAUCAUGGACCUCUCUGUCACCGUGGUCAACCUGCUGGCCCUCAGCAUGGGCUACUUCGGCUCCAAGUGCUACCUGAUCCUCUUCUACCCGGAGCGCAACACGCCGGCCUACUUCAACAGCACGAUCCAGGGCUACACCAUGAGGAAGGACUAGCGUGGCCUCCGGAAGAGGGCCUCGCCUUAGCUCUCGAGGCCAGAGCUCUGCUUCAACUGCAGGAUUGGGGAGUCGUCUCUGAGGGUUACCACCCCACUCUCGCACCGACUUUGCUGUUCUCCGAGGGUUUUUGCAUCCUGGCCGUUUUGACCCACUUAGUGACAGCCGCCCCCAAACGCCACUCCUAUUCCUGUCCUGUUAACGGUUUUACUUGCCAGGUGCUGCCUGGAGCUUCUAGAAAACAUGACCCAAGGUGACCUGUCUCCACGGACAAAGUUGGAUUACUGGCCUACAGCCGCCCUCUGGUGGCCACAGUGGGCACCUGCAGGUUCACGCUCACGGCCGGCCAUUCCAGGCCAAGGGACACUGAGCUGAUGAGGUCCAGGCUGGGUUCCUGUGGGAGGCUGAGGCCUGCUGAGGCUUGUGAGCACCAGCCAUGCUGCUCUGGGGUCCUCCCUGGUUCCCGAAGAGCUCGAACCCAGGCUUCUGUGUUAACCUCUGAGUGAUGGCUGGGUGUUGCGGGUGCUGAGAGAUGCUUGUGAACAAAUCUCACGCGUGUGACAUCGAUGGGCUCCCUUCCUGCUUUCGGAGGUCCCCGAGAAAGAACAGAAUCAGGGUUUUGGGAAGGGCCUUGUAGGGCAAGGUGUAUGGGAAGGUGGGGCGUUUGGGGGUUAGGAGAUAGGGGAGGGAGGAGAGGAGAAGGCAGGGGUCUGGAGAAGACCCAAAGCAGUUCCAGGAGCAGCACAUGGUGGACAGUGGGAGUUGUGAGAACUCAGCUUGGAGGGACAGCUGGGCUCGGCAGGGGCUCAGCCGGGUGUCUGGGCCCGUCUCCCCUGGGGCAGUGGCGGUCAGUGCAGCGCCCGUGUCUUGUGUACAUACUGGCUUGCCCCGCUCCUGGCCCUCCCUCACCUCUGGGACCAGGCUCUCUGGACUCGGUCCUCUUCCCACAUCUCUCCACGUAGGCCUGGCCUAAUGGGAUGCCGGAGGAGACCCCAGGAGUCGGGGACGUUCUAUAACACCCCUGCUCUUCGCUCUUUGCUCGCAAAGCCCAGCCUCUCCCCGAGUUUCGGGGAACAACUUGGCAUGGUCUGCUCUUGGCUGUGGCUGUGCUGUCCCUUUGCUCUCAGGACCAGAU